CCUCCGACGCGCUUGCUACCUUGCCAACUCACCUCGCACUCACAACUACGCAAGACAUGGCGGAGCCGCUCAAGGGCUCGGACGAGGACAUGUCAAGCUACAAGACUCGGCUCGUAUGCUCGCACAUCCGCAAUUGUCUCUCACAGCAUCGCAGCGGCAAGAAGCCGCUCAUUGUCGGCGUGCAAGGCCCGCAAGGAAGCGGCAAGACGACAUUGACCACAGGCCUAGUGAAGAGUCUGGCACAGCAGUCAAUCAAGGUCGCCGUCUUCUCCAUAGACGAUCUGUACUUGCCAUUUGCGGGAUUGGAGGAGGUGGCGCAGCGCAAUGCGGGAAACGUGCUCCUCGCGGGCAGAGGCCAGCCUGGCACGCACGACGUCGAGCUUGGGUCGAAGAUACUCAGGGAGCUCAGCGGGAUCAACGACGGCUCUGGCUCGACUGUAUCGCUGCCAAUUUUCGACAAGAGCCAAAAUGGAGGCAAAGGGGAUCGGUCAGCGGACAGCGUACCGGUCUCUAGCCCGAUAGACGUCGUCGUCUUCGAGGGGUGGUGUCUUGGCUUCGCCUCAUUGCAGCCUAACGCCCUGCGUCAACGCUACAAGGCAGGCGCACAAGGAGAUACCCGCUGCUACUUCUCCUCGCACGCCCUGAGCCACCUCGAGACGAUCAACGCCAAUCUCGCUCAGCUGGAGCGCGCCUGGUAUCCAUACCUGGACGCCUUUGUGCAGCUAGUGCCGCAGACGAUCGAGACGGUCUUUGAAUGGCGACUAGAGGCGGAGCAUGCUAUGAAGGCAAAGAAUGGAGGCAAGGGCAUGACGGACGAGGAAGUGCGAGGGUUUGUGGAACGAUACAUGCCGGGCUACGAACUUUUCGCUGAAGGAGUGACGCAGGAGGAUGCGCCAUGGAAAGGCAGGCUAUUGAGGAUUGGGUUGGACGAGAGGCGAGACGUUACUUUUGUGGAGUCAUGAGCGAAGCAUCAGACCAGGUGUCUUUUCUGAUUGCAGCACGAGUAGGUUUGAGACUGCUCAUCUGCUUCAUAUGCUCACUGAGCUGCUCCCUGCUUCUUCCUCAUAUCGGGCACAGUGUGCGCAUACGUAGCCUUAGCAGGCGCGGCAGCCUCCAUCCUCUCCACCCAUUUUGCGACAAGAGGUGUCUUAGAGAGCAGCUUGGGGCCCUCGGGGAUGCUCUUGAGAUCAGCGAGGAUGGGGUAUACGUAGAGAUCUGCCCAGCUGAGAUCGUCGCCAACGAACCAGUCACCAUGAGCGCCGUUGGCUUGCUGGUUCUCUUUGAUGAAGCCUUCGAGGAGGUCGAGGACGAGUUGGCCACCCUCCAUUGCCUCUUCGACUGCGACGCCGAUUGUGGCCUCAUCGGCCUUGUUCUGUUCGAGGCUCUGGCGAACCUUGAUGAUGCGGGCUUCGAGUGCCGUGAACACG